AUGGAUGAAGCUGCAGUUCAACGAAUUAUUCAGAAGAAUAAGGAGGAACUGCUUGCUCAAAUGUCUUCCCUAAUUUCAACAACCGUGCAAGGUUUGAAGAGGUCGAACGAGAACCAGGCACAAGAACAACUACACGAAAUCAAAAAGCUCAAGUAUGCCGACGUUCCAUCGUUUAAGAAGGAAAGCAAAGAGGAUGAAUUCAAAUCAACGAAUGCUGUAAUGAUGUGUCUAGAUGACGCUAUCGAUUUCCUCUCGAAGAAAAAUCUCGACAAGACAAAGGAGGCUAUCGACAAAG